AUGGCGCGCCUCAACUCCCGCCUGGCUCUCGCGCUCUGCUGCAGUGUCUUGCUGCUUGCUGCUCUCGGCGGAGGCGUUGCUGCUGCUGCCUCGGACUCCCGGAGUCUUCGAAGGCCUUCAGGAUCUGUUAAAGACGCAGCAGCAGCAGCAGAUGCUGCUGCUGCUUCCACUGCUGCUGCUUCCCCCUCGGAGGAGUUCUCAGACGCGGAGGGCGACGAGGGGCCGCGCCGCAAGCGCCGCAGGCAGCAGCAGCAGCAGGAGCAGCAGCAGCCUGAUGCAGAAACUCGAAGAAGAUAUGACGAAGUCCUCCAAGAGCUGCAGAACGACCCCAGAUAUAAACAUGCAAGAGACAGAAACAAUGCCAUGGCAGAAGAGCGGGCUCGGCGUGUGAACAGGUGGAUGAAGCAGCAGCAGCAGCAGCAGCACGAGCAGCAGCAGCAGCAGCAGGAGUACCAGCAGCAGCAGCAGCAGAAGCAGCAAGCCAAAGAACACUAUAAAGAAGUCGUGGGCGAACUGCAGCAGCACCCAAGAUUCAAAAGCGCCGGCGAGAGGCUGGGGGCUUCUCAGAAGCAGCCAAAGCCUCAUGUCCCAAAGAAGGACAAUUGA